CAACUUUCGCUUUAGCCUCUCCCACGACUAUAAUCACAAACUUUCAUUUCCCAUUUCAUCUAGCAAUAUCUGCUUGUAAUGGGUUCAUCCUUAACAUAACUUGGUUUGACAUGUUUAUGUCGGCUCACAACAGAAGCAGUUUAGAUUCCGUUGCGUUUUUGACAGUUUAACCGACGGAAAUGUGGCCGCCUGUGUUCUCCAUGAUUGUGGCCGGUUUGCUGUGCUUGUUCCUGGCUGUCGUCUCCGCAGACCCCGAGAAACUCUAUAAGAAGGAGGGCGAUGAUGUUGUCUUCAAACCAGGCAUCGCCUUCGUGAGCGUCCCCAUCAACGAGAUAUCGUGGAAAGACGGGCCUAACAUCGCUAUCGAAUGGGAUGGACACGUUACUGAAUAUAACCGUCAUUUCAAAGGGCGUAGUUACCUGAACACUUCAAGUGGAGAGAUGACGCUCAAAGGACUGAUUGUGAUUGACACUGGAUUAUACACAGCAGAAAUUAAUGGAGUGCACGCCAAGACUUAUGAUCUCACAGUCAUGUCUCCCGUUCCUAAACCCACUGUCAGUAAAUCAUGUGAUGAAGAGAUGACCCUCUGUACAUUGACGUGCAAAGGAGACAUCCACAAAGACGCUAAGCCGGUCACAAUCAGCUGGUGGUCAGGUGAUAACAAGAUGGAUUCACCUGAGAAGCUACACAUUACAAAGGACGAUAUUGCGAGCGAGUUAAGCUGUACGCUGGAGAACCCGGUCAGUAUCGGGAGCAGCGAACUGUUUCCCAACCCUUUCAUUCCUGCAAGAAAAGUGAACCCCUACGUCGGACUCACAGUCUUCUUCGUUCUGCUGGUAGCUGUGUUCCUGACCAUCAUCAUUCAUAGAGUAAAAGCAGGGAUGUGGUUCUAUGAAAAAGAGUCCAUGCCAUGGGAAGCAAACUUCUGGAGGAAGCACGAGGGAACAUAUGCUGCUGAUUCUAAUGGCACUCCUGCUCAAAAGAGGGGAGCGACAGACGAGGAAACACCAAUGACAUAGGUGUGCAAACAACGACGAAGCAGAGUGAAGAGGAAAUGUAGAAGGGCGAAUUGGAUGGGUUUGUCCUAUUUACAGUACACAUUUUAUUGAAAAACCCUUAAUGAAAAUGGCAGCUACCAUGCUUCAAAUCAUAGCCAAGCAUCAAAAGGAAGGGAAAUAUCUUGGGGGUUAUUUUAAAUAUAUAAUUUAGACACAAAACUGGAUACAAAGGCAUGUUAGAGACUGUUGAACAAUACUUUUUUAAGACCAGUAAUAACAAUUUUGGAGGUUUAGAAUUCUGAUUAAGCAGUUUUAUGUUCGAAAUCAGUGUUUCUCCAAUGCAGUUUGGUGGAUAUAGUGUAGGGUGGAGGGCCUGAAGGACCAGUUAACACUAAUGUUUCCUUAGGAUUAAGUAUAUAGUUAAAAACAACCUAGUUCUAAAAGAUGUGUCAUAAAAGAAUGUUUUAAUAAGGUAUAAAAAGGGAACUUUCGGCUAGACAACCACAAUGCUGACUUUAGGGGAAACAGGAUAAGCGCCAAACUUAACAGUCAUUUAAAAUGCAGAAAUGUUACUUUGAAAACACUUAGUGUUUAAGUUACUGAAGAAAACUACCGUUGCAGUGCAGAAAAAAUGGGAAGAGCUUUAAAAUGUUCCUAUGAGGCACCUCAAGCCUUAGACAAUGCCAGGAAGCCUCCGCAAAAGAUCCUUUCCUGAGAUAAGACAUCAUACCUGACACCGACGGGUGAUAAAGCCACGUAUUUCUGGAGCAGCCUCACAGUGUCAGAGAGGAGUGUGUCAAGGGAGGAAGUGCACUGAUAUCAGAGGGGGAAAAAAGACGCCAUUGUGGCCCACAAACAAAGCAUUGUGCUGUACUGCAGCGAACACCACGAGAGGCGUGAACACAGACGUAUCAAGCUUGAAAAAGUCAAUCAGAAUUUUUUUCUGGGGUUUCGUUAUUGUUAUUAUCAUUUCACUUUGCUUUUAUUUUGAAGGAAUUGGUUGAAAUGUGUGGUUUGUGUGUGUAGAUGCAAUAGAUGUGAGUUACUCAGUGUUUUUUCUGCGGAUUUAAGAUUUAUUUUUGAAACCUGUGUUUUUAAAAAUACUAAAGAAAGGAUGGCAGUGAUAUUUUUACAUUGUAGGGUUCUUGACCCUCCAUACUUCCACCAAAGCUAUCCAAACCCUGUGAGCUUAGUAUUUAUUGUAGAUGUAUUGUAGAUACAAAGAAGACGUUUGAGUUUUUGAACGGGCUGUGUGUAAUAAAACUAUACGUAAAUCAAUCCAGUUAGUGUGUUUUAACUAGUCUUCUUUCUUUUGUUAAAUAACCGAGUAGUACAACAUUUAACCACUUGAGGGCAGCAAGUCGACGCAUUUCACUGUCACUUUGGGCCUAAUUUGAUGUCUAACCUGUUUGUUUCACAAGGUUUUGUCUUUUUUUGUAUAUAAAGGAAUGUCGAAUGCCA